AUGCAUACCCUCCUGCGUCGCGAAACACAUGAGCGCAAAGCUGCGCCAAGUGUGAAGAUUGACUGGUCCCUGUAUGGCGGUGUCGAGAAUCUUCAGGGACAAGUAGAUAAGGCUGCGGCUGGGCGCAAAUGGAUGCCGCACGUUGGCGAGAAACCGUUGCCAUCUGAUGACUUUUUGUGGUCACUCAAUGAAGAGCCACACCGAACUCGACGCCUCGCCAUCAUGAAGGCGCACCCAGAAGUGAGAAAGCUCAUGGGUCAUGAACCACUAACGAAGUACGUUGCAAUGAGCGUUGUGUGCCUUCAAGUGGUGCUGGCGGUAAUUGUGACGGCACUCGGCUGGCACCCUUUGGACUGGCGCUUCCUCCUAACAGCAUACUUGAUUGGCGGUACAGCGAACCAACAUAUUUUUCUUGCAAUUCAUGAGAUUACCCACAACCUUGCAUUCAAAAGUAUCGCAGCGAAUCGGGUCUUGGCAAUCCUCACAAACCUCCCUGCGGCUGUGCCUUUUGCUAUGACUUUCAAGCCAUACCAUAUUGAACAUCACAAGCAUCUGGGCGAGGACGGGAUCGACACAGAUAUUCCUACCAAAGUUGAAAUGAUGCUCUUGAACAACGUACUGGGGAAAGCGUUUUUCGCCACAUUCCAGCUCUUUUUCUACGCUAUUCGGCCUGGCUUUGUGCGUGUCCAGAAGUUGACUGGCUGGCAUUUUUUGAAUAUAUGUGUCCAGCUUAGCUUUGAUGCUUUUAUCUGCUAUGCAUGUGGCUCGCCCACGCCAUUGAUAUAUCUCCUUCUCAGCUCAUUUUUCGCUGGCUCGCUUCAUCCUGUUGCGGGUCAUUUCAUUUCAGAGCACUACAUGUUCAGUGGAAUUGAACAGGAGACUUGGAGCUACUACGGUCCUUUAAAUGUGCUAUUGUACAAUGUCGGAUACCAUAACGAGCACCAUGACUUCCCCUCGGUGCCCUGGACACGCUUGCCUACCUUGCGUUCUCUUGCGCCCGAAUUUUAUGAUGUCUUACCAAGUCAUACAUCAUGGACUAUGGUCAUUCUCAGUUUCAUCUUUAGCCAUCAUUCAGGCAUGAAUAUGCGUGUGAAGCGCCAGCCAAGAUUGAAAAAGCUUAGCGAGCCACCCAUUGAAGACGGACCUAACUACACAGGCUGGGAAGUGCGCACCUAA